AUGGCUCUACCUGCCCCCGAAACCUUGGAUUUACUCUCUUGGUGCGAAGUUCAUGAUCAUAACCGGAACACCUAUACCCUCCUUGGACCUUACUUUGAUUACCAUGGACCUUUCCUGGAUCGUGGACCCCCCGUACUCCGCGAAGACUUCAAAAAGUUCUGUCGCCGCUAUCCCAUCGAAGAUGCCGUAGUCCACAAGUGCGCCACCGAACUCUAUACGCGACCAGAAAGUAAUCAUGGAAUAAAAAUGAACGACCAGGUUUUGUUUACCCUUGACUUCCGCGCCGAGCACAACCCACAGGUUGCGGAUUUUCUGAAGCAACUGACCCAACCGAGGUUCGAGUCGCUGUGGGUGGUGCGAGUACGAGCAAUCCCACAAAUAGAAGCCGGAGAUUUGUCACUGGAGGACGUGUUUGGAAAAUUUGUCGAGUAUGGCGAGAUGAAAUGCGCAGCUUCUGGGCCAUUUGAGACCUUUCUCACCGACCAAGAGGCUGUUGCGAGGGCAACCGAACUUAUUAACAAGGGUGAUUGCCCGGGGAAACGUGUUUUCCACUUGAAGCACAUCAACGGGUCACGAGUUGGAGGGAUCAUGGAUUUAACUACGGGUUUGGAAAGUCUGGUUGCUAUAACGCAGUUGAUAGUGGGCGGACAGCAUGCGUUGUGGUAG